ACACACCCGCCAAUACACACCCUGACCCACGGUCCUUGGUCUGUCGACAAUCUCACUGCGCAAACAUGCUAGAGAAGCAAGAAUAUGUGCCGCGGCACAACGAGGCGAGCCAUGACACACCCAGACUGCCGCUCUCGCUGUCUGGUGAAAUCAAUGCUGCGACCCGAUCCCUCCACACAAACCUAAAUCGCCUCAUUACCUCCCGUCUCCCGCUUGCCCUCCCGCCGCAUACCACAGACUCGACGCUUUAUGCGACAGGCCUGCUGCAUUUUGCACACAUUUUCCUGACCUUUGAAUCCUUGUGGGCCGACUUAUUGCGCGAUCAUGCCCCGUCCAACUCACCCUAUUUGCCUGCGCAACCGUCAAUGGACCCCGAAGGUGCUGCUUCGCCCUUUUCGCCAUUGCUAUCCUAUCUCCUUGUAAAUCCCUACGACUCGCCCUCACUCUUCACAUCCACCCUCGGUGCCCCGACGCCUCCAUCUCCUCAGCUCACUUCUUUCCUGCAAUCCCUACGGCCGAGAGGCCUGAUACGCUCGGGCCGAUUAAAGAGGGACUUGGAAUACCUGCUGGGCCUACACCCCACCGAUCUCGAGGUCCUAUUGGCAAAGUACCCGGGCGACAAGGUUGCGCAAUUUUGCACCCACAUCCGGAAGAGCGUCAACGAGAAGCCCUGGACGCUAGUCAGCUACGCUUGGUGUUUCUACAUGGCCAUCUUCUCAGGCGGCAGAUGGAUAAGAGGAGGCUUACUCCAUGCCCCACCAAGUUUCUGGCCAACGACAGCCACUGGCUCACAAGAAGAAAAAGCGGAUCAGUUUCCAGAUCUGAAAAGCCAAGGUCUUUCUUUCUGGCAUUUCCCCGGCCCCCACGAUGGCGAGGAUAUCAAGGCCCAGUUCAAACUCCGGCUGUCUGCUGCCGAGACACUCUUCACGCCCGACGAACGCAUCGACAUGAUCGAAGAAGCCAAGGAGAUUUUCAAGCAGUGCGCUGAGCUGGUCGAUGAGCUGGAUGAAAUGAUUGGGACUAAUAUCCAUUUUUCCCCACUCAACGCCAACAACGACCAAGACGAAACACGGGUGGAUGUUUGUCCCAUGGAAAAGUCCGGCUUGAUUGAUCCAAACGUCAUGCGUAGGGCGCAACGUCAUACCUCUCUACGCAAGCCGGGCCUAGGACUCCGAUCGUGGAUCAAGAGACCAGAAGUCUCGGGCACCGUGCUGGCCGUGGGCUGUUUGGCUUGUGUUGCUUUGCUCAAGCUGCAGUGAAUCCACUUGCAUCCGGAUGGAUAUACUUUUCUUUUCUUUUUUUUUGACCCGUUUCUUCAAAGGUGGCAUAGUUUGCGACAGCAUUCGUCUAGGCAUAUUCACAUGUACAUGGGGUUUUGGUGUUUUUUUUUUCCCACCGUUUAAUGGCUCUGGGAACGGCUGUUUAUCGUGUAUGAAUGGGUGAUGGGAUAAUAAUCAGUGGGCAUAUAUUUACAUGGCUUCUUUCUUUCUUUCUUUCUUUCUUUCUUUCUUCCAAGAUCUGACAAUAUUUGUCAAAGGUAGCCGUUGGUUGCAUAGCUUGCGGGAUUCGUCGGUUGAAAUAGAGAUACCCCCCCUUUUCCUCCGUCCUCCUCCUUUCUGAGUAAUUACUUGCUAUCGUUUGGACUUUGUGCUGCAUCUUUCUUCGCACUGUACGGCUCGAGAUUAUGUGUCGGCGUUAUUGUUGUUGAACGAAUACACACAUGUGCUUCUUUG